ACUUCUGUGAUGUAAACCACUGUCAGAACGGGGGCACCUGCCUGACCGGGAUUAAUGAGACCCCUUUCUUCUGCAUCUGCCCUGAGGGCUAUGUUGGGAUUGACUGCAAUGAGACAGAGAAAGGCCCCUGCCAUCCCAAUCCUUGCCACAACAAUGGCGAGUGCCAGCUAGUCCCAAACCGGGGGGACGUCUUCACCGACUACAUCUGCAAGUGCCCCGCGGGGUAUGAUGGGGUGCACUGCCAGAACAACAAGAACGAGUGCUACUCCCAGCCUUGCAAAAACGGAGGCACCUGCCUGGACCUGGAUGGUGACUAUGCUUGCAAGUGUCCUUCUCCAUUCUUGGGGAAGACCUGCCAUGUCCGCUGUGCCGUUCUCCUGGGCAUGGAAGGAGGAGCCAUCUCUGAUGCCCAGCUCUCGGCUUCUUCUGUCUACUACGGCUUCCUCGGCCUCCAGCGCUGGGGACCAGAGCUCGCCCGCCUCAACAACCACGGCAUUGUCAACGCCUGGACCUCCAGCAACUAUGACAAGAGUCCCUGGAUCCAGGCCAACCUGCUGCGGAAGAUGCGGCUGAGCGGGAUCAUCACGCAAGGCGCUCGCCGCGUGGGCCAGCCAGAGUACGUCCGCGCCUACAAAGUCGCCUACAGCCUGGACGGGCGGUCGUUCACCUUCUGCAAGGAUGAGAAGCAGGACACGGACAAGGUUUUCCAAGGGAACAUGGACUAUGGCACCAUGCAGACCAACAUGUUCAACCCUCCCAUCACUGCCCAGUACAUCCGCAUCUACCCCGUGAUGUGCCGCCGCGCCUGCACGCUGCGCUUUGAACUCAUCGGCUGCGAGAUGAACG